UUUCACAGAGUGUCAACCCACCUCCAGAAAUUCAGAGGGGAUGAAGGGGAAGCAAAUUAUGGGAUACAAAGAGUAGCUGGAGCACAGAGAAGGGAGACUUUUAGUCUUGGUUCUGAACACACAUGAAAUCCAGCGUGCUUUGAGUUAAAGCUCAACCAAGACGUGUUCCUAUCUGAGGAAUUUAAUGAAAGUGUAUUUCAGGCAGGAAUAGUCAAAACUCCCCAGACUGAAAGUCAGACUCUCGGAGAAACAAAGCAGCAGGGCUGUUCAACUUUUCAGACAUGCAGGCAUUUACUUUGAUCGGUGCUUUUUUUAUCCUGCUCAACAUCUCCUCUGGGAGCACAGACGCUUACAGGCACCAUCGACAAGUUCAUACUGGAAGUCAAGCAGGCGUGUGUCGCUAUGGAAGGAGGCUGGAGUGCUGCUAUGGCUGGGCGAAAAACAAUAAAGGGCAGUGCGAGGCUCAGUGCGAGCACGGCUGCAAGCAUGGAGAGUGUGUUGGCCCCAACAAAUGCAAGUGUUUUCCUGGAUACACUGGAAAAACAUGUAAUCAAGAUCUGAAUGAGUGUGGCCUAAAACCUCGUCCCUGUGAGCAUCGCUGCAUGAACACUCAUGGUAGUUACAAGUGCUACUGUCUAAAUGGAUACAUGCUAAUGUCUGAUGGAUCAUGUGCAAAUUCCAGAACGUGCUCUAUCGCUCACUGCCAAUAUGGAUGUGAGGAAGUAGAGGGGGAGAUUCGCUGCCUCUGUCCAUCUGCAGGUCUUCAACUAGGCCAAGAUGAGAGAACAUGUGUAGAUAUUGAUGAAUGCACAACUGGGAAGAACCUGUGCCCAUACAACAGACAAUGUGUGAACACCUUUGGCAGCUACUACUGCAAGUGUCAGAACGGCUAUGAUCUGAAAUACGUCAAUGGAAAAUAUGAUUGUGUAGAUCUCGAUGAGUGUGCAGAUGAAACCCACAAGUGCAGCCAACAUGCCGUCUGUUUGAACACUCAUGGAUCCUACAGGUGUAGGUGCAAACCUGGCUUCAGAGGCAAUGGCUUUGAAUGCUCUGCCAAGCCAUUUUAUCAGAGGUCAUGGGAUGGAGACAAAGGCAGUGCAGAUGAUUCCCUCAAUGUCAUCCCAGACUCCCAGGUGAGGCCAGAGAUCCUGGGAGGAAAGUUAAGCAAUGAGGAGAUAAAAAAUGCCAUCCCCGAAACAGUUCCGACGCCGUCCCCCAAGGUCCUCCAUCAACCUUUCGACUACGAUGGAGAGGUCUAUGUUGGGACGAAGGAAAGAAAAGAGGAAUUUCCUGAGGAGAAGGAGGAGGAAGAGGAAGAAGAAGAAAACCAGCUCAACCCAAGAGGAGAUGUUUUCAUAUCAGAGGACUUUGAGUCAGUGUUUGGUCCGGCCACAGAAGUCAAAGAAAUCUACAUUGAACCACCUCAGGAAGAAUAUUUCCUGGAUUGCAACUUUGAUCAGGGAGCCUGUGAAUGGGUCCAAGAUAAAACUGAUGACAUGGACUGGACUGUGGCAUACCAUGAUAAGGGUGGUGAGUACUACAUGGCUUUGAGUGGGCUGAUCGGUGGCAGAGAAGAUGUGGCCAAGCUGAAAUUGCUUCUUAGUGACCGAGCCCAACAUGGCAGCUUCUGCCUGACCUUUGACUACCGUGUGGUAGGUCAUGACGUAGGCUCGCUCAGGGUGCUGCUGGACAACAAUGCUUACCCUGUUUGGGAGCAAAGCCAAAGCAAAAACCAGAGCUGGCAAACAGAAUUCCUCACUGUGGCCUGGAAGGAGGAGGCCCCACAGUCUAUUAUCUUUGAAGCUCAACACGGGAAAGGCAUUGGAGGCGAAAUAGGGUUGGAUAAUGUUGUGCUGACCUCAGGGCCCUGUCAAGAGGAUGCAGGUCCAAUCUUUUAGGAAAAAAACCCCAUCAAGGAUUAUUGUGCUUCAAUAACCUGCACAGUCAGAUUAUGUACAACAAGUGCAUGCAAGUUUGCUUUCACUCCAUGCUGGUACAUUGAUCUGAACCGUCUUUAUUUUAAGUUAAUAGCUAGUCUAAAUAAAACACAAAUGACUCAUAUCUCAGGAACAGAUGGUAGAGCUAACGUCGUCAGUUUGUUUAAACAGUAUUCUGCUUAACUUGCGUUGUGUAUGUGACAGUACGUUAGUGAAGUGCACUACAUAAACUGCAAGAUGUAAUGUGAAUGAAUUGUAGAUGACUUAAGUUUUUGAAGGCUUUUUUUGUUGAAACAAUAAAAGGAGUCAGUGCAUAUAUGCUGCAACAUUUGUAUUGAAAAUAUGGUGUAUGGUUACAAUAAAUAUGUUUUUUUCUAAUAGUGGGAAAGAUUAUUCCUUUUAAUAUUUUUUUUCUAUUGAAUUGUGAAAAACAUAGAAAAAUAUAUUUCCUCUAUGUAUUUCAUGUUGGUUAAAUAAAAUGUACACUGGAAGACAGCUUGUCUUCCAGCAUCCCCUUGUG